GAGAAUGUACAAAACGUGUGCAACGCCCUCUUUCUGUCCUUGAUGGACAAUGAAGGUCGUUCUUCAACUGCGCGUGAUCAAAAACUCCAUUUUGUUACCAUGAAAACCCCAGAAAGCGCAUGCUCGAAAACGCGUAUGACGUCAAAAACGUCACAGGGUAUAAAUACCAAGUCCCUCCCUUUCUAGUUCAUUCCUGGAUUUGUUCUGAGGUCUUUUGUCUCUGAAGAGUGACCGUCGAGGACUUUGAACAUCCUAAUUCAAAAAUCUAUUUUUUUCUUCAAGUAAUGGACAUUUGAUUACUAUUUUUUGCCUCCAGUUUGUUCCAGAAGGAAAAGCUAGUUUUUAGCUGCCACAACCCCGCCCAUAAAACCAGUUUUUCCAGCCAUAAGAUUGUUAACGUUAAAACAUGACGGUUAACGAUUUAAAACUGAUGUAACAAGAUAUCUGUUGCUGUAAAGCACAAUAUAAUAUAGUUACCCGAGACGCUGAGGAGAGGUAUUUAUAGUAAGUGUUGAUUUUCAAACCAAUCUGAACAUAACGUUAAAUUCAUUAAAUGAGAAAUCGUUUAGUCGUAGCUAGAUUUAGUCUAGGUCCGCUAACUGGUCUCCGUACGGGACUAGCUAGUUACUUGUAGCGAAAGCUAACGCGUUAGUUUAUGAGCUCACACAGGAAAGUGCGGAGUGGAAACGCUCCGUUUCUUUGUGUGUGAGACGGAUCAAAAUAAACUGUAUAAUAAGUGUUUAAUUUAAGCAUAAGCAAUCUAUUCAUAAAGAUUGCCGUAGGUUAAGGGAAUGUUUUUCUCCCUCUGCUAAAUUGAUAGGAGCUCCUUGGAAUAUACACCUACCGCAAUCUAUACAUAAAGAUUGCUUAGUUUGAGGAUGACGGAUUUCACUGGAAAAAUUGGUCAUUUGUGGUUUUCUACGCAUGACAUUGUAUCGUCGAUAUCGUUAAAGCAGGAAAUUUCCCCAGGUGUCCGAUAUUUAUACGGCAAUCUGAGGAUAAAGAUUGCAAGAUGGAAAUGCUCAUUCGAAAUAUUGUACAAGGCAGACUGGUUUUGUUGGAACUACAUCAAAAUGUCGUGGUCGUUGUAGUUUUGUCUUUUCAGAACACUCGAGGCAACAAUGUGUUUUUCUGGAGCGACAGGAGUAGCGGAACGAGUUUCGUCUCGAUGUAGCCGGUAGCCGUUGUGGUUCGCCACCUUUAGUUCUUUUGAGCUAGUAAAUGAUCCUCCAGCGCUGCUAAUGUGAUAGUAGGCUAACUGUGUUGUGGCGAAUGUAACUGGCAUACAUUGUUCUUUAUGUUCUCGAGACUGGCAGCCACGAAGCCGUUAACAAAAGAGGGCAGGGCCUAGAUGUAGUUAGUUCCCCCCCUCCGUCCUAACGUCACCCUAACCAGAACUAGUCAUUGAACAGGAUCUUUAUUCUAGGGUAGGGCGUGCAAUGCAAUGACCGAUGCAGAGUUUGUCUUAAAGGGCUGCCGGCUGCGUGAUAUUCUUAUAUAACCAUCAUGAACAUUGUGCGAUGAAUGAAAGGAGGCAUAUACAAAUGAAUUAAGUUGAUUAUCUACAGGCUGUUCUUUCCCAAUUUAUAUUUUCCCCCAUAGAACAAAAGUAUUUUAUUUAAUGGUGAUUGUCAACCAUGGAUAAGGACAUUGUUAUGUAAACAAAAUAAUCACUUGGUAUAGGCAGGGCUUUGAGCUAUUGUGACAGAAGUAUUUGUUACAUUCUAGAUAAAUGAUAACAGGUGUUACUGUUUUCAACUGCAUUGCUAUAUAGUUCAGUUAAUACACCAAAGCCAUUGUAUGUGUGUAUGAACAUUAAUUUACUUCACAUCUAUUCCUCCAUUGACUUGUUUUUUACUAAGCUCAUGUCUUCCCAAUAACUUCUUUCUAUUGACUUUGUGCGUGUGUAACAGUUGUGACAUUUUCAGGAGUUGUGUGUUAUGUCCCGUGUUGUGGAGUUCUGAGACUAUAUAAAACUUCUACUACAACAGUUAAACGGGUAAGACAACUGAUUUCCUCACAUGACAUUUCAAAAUGAAAUACUUGGAUAUUAUCCAUGUAAUACUUGGAUACAGUAAUUCAAAGUAUAUGAUAAUGAACAUAGUCGAACCAUAUUAUGAGUUUUAAAAUAUUAACAUAUAUUGAACAAUGAGGGGGGAAAGCAUGUUGAUAGCCUCAGUCCCGCCCCUACUCUAAAAUGUUAUGAUUUACGCAUAGAUUGAUAGUUUGAACAAGGCUAAGCAAAAAAUUCAAGUAAUAAUUUGCAGCGAUGGUUUGUUAUUUUAGUGGAGAUUAUAUUGCGUUUUUAUACAUAGAGGAUCCAUCUGUAGUCACUGGAUCCCCAACUGAUCUCGGUCUACUAGUUAAGUGUUCCCUAUAUUGAACUGUAGCACAGGUUAACUAACUCUUGUUAUUUUAACCACACACUUCUACUAGAGCCAAUGUCCUGCUCAGUUUAAGCAUACAUUUCAAAUAUAUACAUUUUUAUUUAACUAGGCAAGUCAGUUAAGAACAAAUUCUUAUUUACAAUAAAGACCUAGGAACACUGCCUUGUUCAGGGGCAGAACGACAGAUUCUUUACCUUGUCAGCUCUGGGAUUUGAUCUAGCAACCUUUCGGUUACUGGCCCAACGCUCUAACCACUAGGCUACCUGCCACCCCAGCAGGCAUAGUAAUAGCUAACUUAAAUGACUAGUGAAUUUAUGAUGUAUUUAAAAAUAUAUAUAUAUAUAUUUUUGAAAUGUGUGAAUUUCUUUUGACCACAGUGUAGACAUGUAGUGUGUGUGUGUGUGGGGGGGGGGGGGGAAAUUGAUAAUGCUUCAGAUCAAAUAUUCCCUUUAUUCUAAUGUUAAUCAUAGGCAAUUAACAUACUGGUUCCGUGCUAGUCCUGUAAACUUUAAGGGAGCUCAAUCACUUAAAAUACCAAUACAAGUAACUUUAAUAUUACUUUAAAAUCAUUAUUUAUACUUACAAGCAAGAAGUUAAAUAUGUUCCUUUUAGCUAACUGAAAUUAAUAGUACAGUGCAUUUGUCAUAGAAUAGGCUUUUUCUGUGUUCUAUUCAACCAACUGUACUCCUCGGGUUCCUGAGCCACCUGAGACUACUGGUAAACUGACUGCAGACUUCUGUCAGUGAAGGAGCUGGUCAGUCAUUCCAACCACCAGUCUAGUGCACCGCCUGCCUGAAACUGAAUACUGAGCACAGAUGGCGGUGGGCCCAGUGGACCCCAGAGAGGUCCUGAAGGGAGUAGAGAACCUUCUGGGGAAAGAUGGAGAGCUCCGCAGCCUGGAGGGAGUCACCAAAGUCUUCAGUCUCAUGAAGGCCUCUCACAAGAUGGUGAGCAGGUGUAUGUACCUGAAUAUCCUACUACAAACCAAGUCCCACGACAUUCUCAACCGGUUUAUCCGAGUGGGAGGCUACAAGCUGCUGAAUACGUGGCUGACCUACUCCAAGACUAGCACCAACACCCCCCUGUUACAGCUCAUCCUGCUGACGCUGCAGAAACUGCCCCUCACUGUAGACCACCUGAAACAGAACAACACUGCCAAACUGGUCAAGCAGCUCAGCAAGACUGGAGAGACUGAGGAGCUGAGGAAGCUGUCCGCUGGGCUGGUGGAUGGCUGGAUGGCUACCAUCCGCUCCCAGAGUGUCUCCACCACCUCUCCUGCAGAUAAGAAGCGGAAGAAGGAGGAGGGGAAAGUGCCAGUCCGAGAGGUGAAGGCAGCUGAUGGAGGGAAGGCUGCAGAGGAGGAGAGGAAGAAGGAGAAGCCCAAAGCUCACGCUCCCAGCCAUGCUAAGAUCCGCUCCAUAGGCCUGGAGAUGGAUGCUCCCACCCCUGUCCUGGUCAAGAAGCCCCCCGUGGCCCUUCAGCUGGGGGACAAGUACAAUAUCAAACCAGCCCAAGUCCUCAAGAGACCCAGUUUUGGUCCUCUGGACGCUCCCCCUGUGGAGAAGAAGUACAAACCACUCAACACCACUCCUAACCAGACCAAGGAGAUCAAGGUGAAGAUCAUCCCAGCACAACGUAAGUCCUCAACAGAAACAACCCUUGAGGGUACAGGCUUCCUGGAUGCCCUAAACUCCGCCCCCGUGCCUGGCAUCAAGAUUAAGAAGAAGAAAGGGAAGGAAGGUAGAGACCCCAAAGCUGUCUCUCCCACCUCAAACAAGCCGUGUCCGUUCGAGGGUAAACCCCCCUACCUGUCGCCUCAGGGCGGUGCCAAGCCCUUGUCCCCAGAGACCCAGACGGUCUCCACCACCCCUCCCCACGAGGUCCCAGUAGACCUGGAGCAGCCUGGGACACCCGUCCCUGCUGACGACCCCGAGGCCAUGGACACGGGCAGCGAGAAGCCCAACGCCCUGGCGGAGCCCCGCGGCGAAGAGGACAGUCAGCUGACCAAAAAGGGCAAGAAGAAGAAGAGCGUGCGCUGGGCCGAGGAGGAGCAGCUCAAAGAGUACUUCUACUUCGACCUGGACGAGACCGAGAGAGGUGAGAGAACAAAAACUAACGUCAAUGUCAACAAGGUCAAGGACUUUGGCGAAGCGGCGAAGCGCGAGAUGAUGAUGGACCGCCACACGUUUGAGAUGGCGAGACGCCUGUCCCACGACUCCAUGGAGGAGCGGGUACCCUGGAGCCUCCCGAGGCCCCUGGCCCUCACCGGCCCCCUGGUCAACGCCGGGGCCAACAGCACAGAGAGACUCACACAGAGGGACCGUGAGACUGGCAUCCUGCAGGAGAUUUUCCUUACCAAGGAGAGUGUUCCUGACAGCCCCCAUGAACCAGAGCCUGAGGCCUACGAACCCAUGCCUCCACGCCUCAUACCUUUGGACGAGGACUCCACCAUGAUGGACGACAGCUACAUGGAGCCCAUGGACACGUCGUCCCAGCCUGGCUCUGGCGUGGGCCCCGGCGGGGUGGAGGGCUCCAAGCUCCCCCCCGUCCUCGCCAACCUCAUGGGCAACCUGGGGGCCAACAACCUGUUGGGCAACCUGGGUAACUUAGGCAACAUCGCCCAGGGCACGCCUGGUGCCCCCGCUGCCCCCUCCGUUAACGUACAGGAGCUACUCACCUCCAUCAUGGGAGCUAGUGGUGGCCAGUCUACUGAGGACCUGAUCAAGCAGCCAGACUUCUCUGAAAAGAUCAAACAGCUGCUGGGCUCUCUACAGCAGACCCAGAACCAGGGCCCCCCCACCGGACCCCCGCCCGGAGUGAGCCAGGGCCUGUUGGGCCACGGUCCAGGCAUGAACAACCUGCCCAACAUGAACAACCUCAACAUGGGCAUGCCCAUGAACGGAGUGGGGUACCCUCCUGCAGGCAAGCCCCCGGGCCCUGGAGGACCCCACUACAACCACCCCCCGCCCCCACACAACCACGGACCCCCUGGCUUCAACGCUAACCCCCGCAUGAUGGGGCCCCCGCCGCCCCAGGGCCACGGAGGAGACAACGGCAACUACUGGGGGGACGACUCGAUGAGGGGGGGGCCACACCGGGGGGGACACUUCCACCGCGGCGGCCGAGGGAGAGGAGGGGAACAGGUGGGCUUCAGAGGGAGGGGACGUGGAGGACCUAGAGGAGGACACAACAACAUGGGAGACAUGUCCAAAAGGCCGGUGUGUCGCCAUUUCAUGAUGAAAGGAAACUGCCGUUAUGAGAGCAACUGUGCUUUCUACCACCCCGGCGUCAACGGUCCUCCACUGCCCCCCAACCACCCCGCCCACAACCAGUACAACGACCACGGGCCGCAGCACGGGCACUAGACCACCUAACACACCACUGACGCCAAUACGUGACAAUACCAUGUUAUCACCACUAGGUGGCAGAACUCUGAAUGAAUGAGCUGCUGGCUUGGUUUCACCACUGGGACAAAGGGUGCAGAGAGACAGACAACCCACCAGGCUAGAAAGACAUGGUGAAAGACAAGCCAAUAGAUAGUCAGAUAUGAGAGACAGACAAGGCAGUCCUGCUGCCUUAACAGUUGCUCUGCACAGGUCUGGUGAUCUCAAGGUGCAGGUCUGUUGAAGAAGCAGCUCUGCUACUGUUCUCCUGUGUGACUGGGACUUUGAUAUGAGGACUCCCCAGUAGCAGAGGAAGAUACUGAAUGUACAGGGCAGAAUCAGACAUGUCUGUACUACUUCCUUUUCUUCUCUCCACACACCAACCUAAGAUGUCCACCAAGAAAUGCUCAAUUUCCUACGUCCAUUUGUUUGCCCUGCUCGCUCAAACUCCCUCGAUCAGGGAUGGAGGACAUUGCUUGUACGCAAGAAUGCACACACACACACUCAUGCCCCGGCUUUGUAAAGUAUAGGUACUGCUAUAGCUGUGAGAUGAUCAUUCAUAUGUUUAUGUAGAUGUUUUAUUGUGAUCAUUUUUAACACUGUUGGUUCAGGUUGAGGAUGUACAGUAACCACACACUAUGACUAUUCUGGUUGCUGUCUGUCACUGUCCCAUAUAGCCUAUCAGCUAGCCCUGUCUUAUGCACUAAGCUCCUAUAUAUUUAUCUGAUACUGAUUUAUCAGCGCUGAGCUAAGAGGUGAGCAAUGAUCAAGGUAGAAAAUCAAUAGAAACAUCUCCAGGAUCUCCCCAGUAUUAAGUCAGACUAAGUAUUGAGUCAGACUUCUUUAAGCUAAAUGAUCCUUCCUAUCUUCCAUCAUUAUGCUCUGUAGUUGUGUAGUGCCAUCCCUUCCCUGGGUGUCCCUAUUGGACCACGUUCCUCAGACAGACAGGAUCUGUAGCCAACCUUCAGCUCCUGAAUGAGUCUAAGCCCCGCCCUCUCUCCUGAAUGAAUGUUGCACUGUGUUCAACUGUGGUCCCUCGAGUUUUCAAACUGUAGUCAGACGUGGCCAAAUGACAAUGCUCAGUACACCAUUUUAAAACCUAUUUACGGCCAAGUGCGCUUCAAGAAAAACAUGCCACUUUUUCUACCGUAGGAUUUCAACAGAAAACAAGACAAUGAAUGUGAAGUUGACCAAAUAAUAAGAAUAUUGUUUGAUGCUAUUUGCAAAGUUCCCCAUAGGCAAGAGUUAUCAGUGAGGAAGUACUUUAAAAAGAAAUAUUGAGGCCAAAUCCAAGUUGUUUUCACCAGGCAUCCUGACUGACAGGACAGGACCUAACUGUUAUUUAUAAUGUCCCUCCAUCCCCACCACACUGCUUGUGCUAUCUUCUACUACUAUCUAGCUCUAAAAAAGACCUGACUCCAACAUUUCCCCUCCAGAACAAAUGGAAGAAACAGUAUUAAGAAGAGAACACUUAACAGAACCGCCCCUAGAUGAUUGGCCUACGCGCUGAACGAGCGCUGCCUGCAGGCUACAUGUUGUUUUCUACUGGUGGGCGUUAGUGGUUUGCAUAUCACAGGAAAAGGAACAACAGGGCAAAGUGUUGCUUGAUUUGACUGAGCCUUUUUACCAAGAAGGGUACAUAACAGUGAAUGAGGGUUUUCCUUUCUGAACUUCAGUUCAGGAAGCUUCUGAUUAUAUUUCAUCAGCUUUAUAAUAGGUACCACCGAGUGUAUCUGGUCUUUCAUGUGACGACAUGAUGGUCAAAUGUCCCCCUGUAUGCCCCGUGACAGAAACACAGUCCCCUAUCAGUGUUUCUUCACACACACACAACUGUAUUGGCUUCAGUUGGGUGACGCGUGUUCAGUCAGUGUUAAAUGUCCAACGGGGUAAAACUAUGGAAUCGUUCUCUGGGUCAACUAAUUCAAAGUGUUUUCUGUGAAAACAGUGGCCUUCACGUCUCUUGUGGGACUAGAAUUAUGUCGUUUUUGGUUGGAUUUAUUGUGUUUAUUUUGAUACGAUUGAGUUGAAUCUCUCCAAAAUGAGGUCCAUUUUUGUUUUGUUAGAAAUGUAUGUAUCCAUGUGUCUGUAAAUGCAUACACGCAUUCAUACACAUAUAUACAUAUUAUGAGUAUUUUGUACAUGUCUUAAUAAAUGUCCUAAAAUGAA